UAUUUAUUGUAGUCUGAUUAAAAAGAAAAAAAUAUUACCUAUACAAAUUAUUAAUGCGAAAAAUUAAGAAUGUGUAACGAUUUCUUACCGGAAUCCGUAAAUGCAUUUUUGGACGAUGUUGAAACUACUACAUGUUUACCGAUACUCAUAAUCAUCGUAUUUUGCACUUUACAAUUUAUAUUCAAUCACAUUACUGAUGUUGGAUGUGUACUUUCUCAAACUCUACAAGAAAGAUCAGAUAACAAAGAAUUUGAUUCUGCCAGACGGGCUAAUUUAAUAAAUACAUUAAAAGAGAUGCUAUAUAAUUUCAUAUUUAAAAAACAUACAGAAUCAAAUUUAAAGGCCAGUUCGAAUUCAUUUUAUAAAAGAAAUAAUAAUCAAUAUUUUAUAUCAGAGAUUUAG